ACCUUCUCACCCUUGGUUCAUCAUGGUGGACUCUCCAGCCUGAAGCUGUACGCGUUCUAAAACGUGUUCCACAACCCAGGAAUGCAAUGGGCCGCGAAGUGCGGACUCAAUAGCCAAAUCGUCACCUUCUUGUUCCACUCUUCCGCCCGUCUCCCUACACUCGUCCGUGCAUAGCUGAUGCUAGGAACAUUCAAGCCUCUAGGUCCCCAAGCCAAUAUUUUAUAAUUGCAUCCCUCUUCGUACUCCCAGCAUGUCGCCAGCCAAUCCAACCUCUAGGUCACAAGCAAUCGGCAUCGGCAUCCUAGCCGUCAUAGCCGCCUUCCUCCUCUUCUGGCCCGGCCCGGGUGACCUCCCCCGGCGUCGCCUCGCCAUCAAGCCUCUAAACAAGUCCCCUCUGGCCCUGAAGCCUCUCCUGAAGAACCCGUUCAAUGGCUUCAGCAAGGGCGUGAAGGACAUGCUGAACAAGCUCAAACAGCGCGACAACAAGAUGAUGAAGUUCGUCGGCAACAGCGUCGAGACGAUGCCCAUCAGCGUCAACAUGACGCAGCGCGCCGUGCUCCUCGCGCUAAAAAAGGCCUGGGGAGGGCGGUUCUAUCAGGCGGAGACGUGGCUAGAAUCGGCGGAGGACCAGCUCUGGUGGGGUGUGACGAUCAACGAGUUUGGAUCUGUUACAGCGUUAGAGUUACCACGCGCUGAGAUCGCCGGCCCGCUGCCGAUUCUGCUGACGAAGCUGACGGGCCUAACGGCGCUGGAUCUCAGGGGGAACCAUCUGAGAGGGAGCGUUCCGAAAGGGUUACUUGCUGCGUUACCCGGUCUACAGUCGCUGUACCUCAGCGACAACAACCUCGUUGGCGAGUUCCCCUUUAACGAAGUUUUCAGGAGGCCGACUGUUCCCAUGGCGAUGCUCCAGAUAGAUGGUAACGGCUUCACCGGGACCAUCGCCGACGACGUUUUCGCGAAUGCGACGUCACUGCUGUCGCUCGGCCUCUCGGCGAACAAGUUCUCUGGGGCGAUUCCCUCCAGCCUGGGCAACUGCCGGCAAAUCUCAGCCAUUGAUUUGAGCGACAACCAGUUCACGGGGCAGAUUCCGGGAAGCCUAGCUGGCCUCCCUGCACUGUCAAUCCUUGACCUCGGUCAGAACAAGCUUUCUGGAGUCAUUCCGGAUUUCUUGGGCAACUUCCCCAACAUGGUGAACCUCGAUUUAAGCAGCAACCAGUUCUAUGGGGUCGUCCCGGCAACGUUUUCCAAGUUCGGGCAGACUCUGCGUGCAGUGAAGCUCUCCAACAAUUUCCUCACGGGCAGCUUGCCUCAAUUUCCUAAUCUUGGUCAGGGCUGUGGCUCUCCGGGUCCCGACGGCUCCGACAGUAUAACGUGCUUCAUGUUCAGCGUCCUCUUGGACCUCUCAGGGAAUUAUUUUGCGGGCAGCACGCAGUUAACUAUUCAGGUGCCCGGGUCGGAAGACUAUCCGGGAACAUCUCAGGUCUGCCCUGCUGAUUAUCCUGAGAAGAUACUCGUUGCGGGUAACUGCCUGUCGACUGAUGGUGCAGGGGAUGCGGAGUGUACUGCUGAAGAUCAGAGGCUGCCUGAACAGUGUAGUGCGUUCUGUGGUACAGGGACAGCAGUAGGGCAGUGCGGAGGCAAUGGAGUCUGCAUGGUGGAUGUGUCAGCAGUGGCACCGGCCAAGCCGAAGUUCCUGUGCAAGUGUGACAACGGGUUCCAGCCUGCUGCUGGUAACCCUAUGACAUGCGUGGCAACUGUUUGAGGUGCUCUCUUGUGUACCAUAGUUAAGAAUGUGUCUUUGGGGCCAGGAUAGUUAUGUGUCUACCGCAAGUUGUAACAGUAUGCUGUGAGACGCAUGCUUGUCCUCAGUCCAUGCUUGUAGCAUUUGGUAGGGUGGAACGAAUCCAGAAUUUUGCUGGGGAGGU